AUGGACGUAGUGACUUACUCUUCGCAGCAAUCGGCUCUGCUCGCCGUGUGGAUGGCCUCCUCCGACGUCGACCAGAAAUAUCUGGGCCACCUCGCCGCCAGCACCAGCCAUGACAACCCCUUCCUCUCGGGGAUGCUGUACAAGAUCCUCGGCUUGUCGGUGAUCCUGUCGAAAAAGCUCGUCCGUGCCCGAAAGCUGCGCCGGCUGGAUACCACCCGAGAGACCAAGUCCCUCCAGCUUUACCACCACAUCAUCUGGCUCUCCCGCGAAGGCUUGGUGAUUAUGGAGCAGUACAUCCUGCCCAUGGUCCAGGAUUACGUGGAGCUGAAAGUGCUCGCGUACAAAUUGAGGGCGUCUUUCUACCACAUCUUUGUGCUCUUUCACAACCAGCCCCCCAUCCAUGUGCCGGGCAUCUCUAGUCUUCCAAGCCAUGCCGCGCGUCAGAACGGCGGUGGCGAUGCUGCGAAAGCGGCCGACUACAAUCGGGGAUCGAUCUCUCUCACGCCGCCCCCGGUGGAGGGAGGGCCCGUGAGGUACGACCCGGACUGUCCUCCCGGGCUGCAGCCCGUUCAGCCUCCCAAGCCGGCAUCAUCCUUCCUCCUCCCAGCCCUCGACUACACGCCUACGGCGACGCAGUGUUUCAGGCACGCCGCCGCGCUCGCAGACGCUCUGCUUCCGGGCUCGCAUCCACUCCGUCUGUCCGUCAAGUUGGAGUUCGCCGCAUACCUGUACGACUGUCUGCACGACGCAGACGCCUGCCGACGGCUGGCAAAACAGGCGAUCGCAGAUGUCUACAACGCGCAGGAAGGGAUGGACGACGAGAGCUUCGAGGACGCGGCCGAGCUGGUCGGCGUGCUGGGCCGGAUGGUGAAACGGGGCGGCAAGACGAGCAGCGCGGGAGGGAGCAGCUCGCCCGGUCGGGAGCGGUCGCCAGCCGACAGGCCGAGAAACACGAGCACGCCUCCGAAGACGACGAUGACGGGUCUGGAUGAGAGUACGACGCCGACGACGGCUCCUCCGAUUGUGAAUCCUAUUUGA